UCUCACUGUGAUGGAGGACUCCUGGUCUAACUUUAGUCCAUGUCUCAAUGUGAUGGAGGACUCCCGGUCUAACUUUAGUCCACGUCUUAAUGUGAUGGAGGACUUUAGUCCAUGUCUCAAUGUGACGGAGGACUCCUGGUCUAACUUUAGUCCACAUCUCAAUGUGAUGGAGGACUCCUGGUCUAACUUUAGUCCACAUCUCACUGUGAUGGAGGACUCCUGGUCUAACUUUAGUCCACAUCUCACUGUGAUGGAGGACUCCAGGUCUAACUCUAGUCCAUGUCUCAAUGUGAUAGAGGACUCCUGGUCUAACUUUAGUCCACAUCUCACUGUGAUGGAGGACUCCUGGUCUAACUUUAGUCCACAUCUCACUGUGAUGGAGGACUCCCGGUCUAACUUUAGUCCACGUCUUAAUGUGAUGGAGGACUUUAGUCCAUGUCUCAAUGUGACGGAGGACUCCUGGUCUAACUUUAGUCCACAUCUCAAUGUGAUGGAGGACUCCUGGUCUAACUUUAGUCCAUAUCUCAAUGUGAUGGAGGACUCCUGGUCUAACUUUAGUCCACAUCUCAAUGUAACGGAGGACUCCCGGUCUAACUUUAGUCCACAUCUCAAUGUGACGGAGGACUUUAGUCCACGUCUUAAUGUGACGGAGGACUCCCGGUCUAACUUUAGUCCACAUCUCAAUGUGAUGGAGGACUCCUGGUCUAACUUUAGUCCACAUCUUAAUGUGAUGGAGGACUUUAGUCCACGUCUUAAUGUGACGGAGGACUCCCGGUCUAACUUUAGUCCAUGUCUCAAUGUGAUAGAGGACUUCUAGUCUAACUUUAGUCCACGUCUCAAUGUGAUGGAGGACUCCUGGUCUAACUUUAGUCCAUAUCUCAAUGUGAUGGAGGACUCCUGGUCUAACUUUAGUCCACAUCUGAAUGUGAUGGAGGACUCCUGGUCUAACUUUAGUCCAUGUCUCAAUGUGAUGGAGGACUCCUGGUCUAACUUUAGUCCAUGUCUCAAUGUGAUGGAGGACUCCUGGUCUAACUUUAGUCCACAUCUCACUGUGAUGGAGGACUCCUGGUCUAACUUUAGUCCACAUCUCAAUGUAACGGAGGACUCCAGGUCUAACUUUAGUCCACGUCUCAAUUUCCCUUCACCUCCCUCAGACCCUCUCAGCUCUCCUAACUAGCCCAGAAGCAGCAUGGACUCCAUCUCGAUGAUGGCCGGCAGCAGGAGUCCUUUAUUCCUCCCGUCCUCCCACCACCUGCGACCCGCCGCGGCCUGCUUCCUGCCCAACGGCGCCAAGGGCGGCGCCGGAGACCCGGAGACUUCCCGCCGGCCGCCCCGCUCCACGGUGGCCGUCCUGGGCUCGGGCGACUUCUCCAAGUGCCUCACCGUCCGCCUCCUGCGCUGCGGCUUCCACGUGGUGGUGGGCAGCCGCCACCCCGAAGCGGCGGCGCGGUCGUUUCCUCACGUGGUCGACGUGACGCACCACGAGGACGCCGUGGCGAAGGCCGGCGUCGUGUUCCUGGCGAUCCGCCGGGAGUACUACUCGGUCCUGUGGGACCUGAAGCACCUCCUGGAGGGUAAGAUCCUGGUGGACGUGAGUAACAACCGGAGGGUGAACCAGUACCCAGAGUCCAACGCCGAGUACCUAGCCGCGCUGCUGCCGGACUCCGUUGCGGUCAAAGGCUUCAACGUCAUCUCGGCCUGGGCGAUGCAGCAGAGCUGCCCCAAAGACGCCAGCACACGGGUGUUCAUCUGCAGCGACUCGGUGGAGGCUCGACAUCAGAUCAUGGAGUUAGCCCGCCGGCUCCACUUCCUGCCGGUGGACAUGGGCACGCUGUCCUCCUCGCGGGACAUCGAGAACAUUCCCAUCCAGUUGUUUCCUGGCUGGAAGGGCCCCGUCCUCGCCGCCGUCGCCCUCUCCAUCUUCUUCUUCGCCUACUCUUUCGUGCGCGAUGUCGUCCACCCGUACGUGAAGCACAAGCAGAGCGACUUCUACAAGAUCCCCAUCGAGCUGGUGAACCGGACUCUGCCCACGGUCGCCAUCACUCUCUUGGCCCUGGUGUACCUGGCGGGCCAGCUGGCCGCCGCCCACCAGCUCUACUACGGGACCAAAUACAGACACUUCCCCCACUGGCUGGAGGGCUGGCUGCAGAGCCGCAAACAACUGGGCCUCCUCAGCUUCUUCCUGGCCGCUGUCCACGUGGUCUACAGCCUGUGUCUGCCCAUGAGGAGGUCUGAGAGGUACCUGCUGCUCAACACGGCGUACCAGCAGGUUCAGGCCAACGUAGAGAACGCGUGGAACGAGGAGGAGGUGUGGAGGGUGGAGAUGUACGUCUCCUUCGGGAUCAUGAGCCUGGGGCUGCUGUCGCUGCUGGCCAUCACCUCCAUCCCCUCUGUGCACAGCACGCUCAACUGGAGGGAGUUCAGCUUCAUACAGUCCACGCUGGGCUACAUCGCGCUGCUCAUCGCCACCGCCCACGGCCUGCUGUUCGGCUGGAAGCGGGCCUUCGAGGAGGGCGCCUACCGCUUCUACCUGCCGCCGGGCUUCGUGGUGGCGUUGGCGCUGCCCGUGUGCGUCAUCCUGGGCAAGGUCCUGAUGCUGCUGCCCUGCGUGGCCCGGAAGCUCCACGGGAUCCGCCGCGGCCUGGACACCGGCCGGCGCCACCGCGGCCAGCGCCUGGAGCCCAUGGGCUCGGCCGCCCACGUGUCCCCGGAGAGAGUGACCGUCAUGUGAGCCGCGCCCCGAUUGGAUACUCACAUGACGGAUAAGCUCCCUGAGUGGAUGAGCUCCUGUUACUGAACAGUUGUGGGUGAAUUGUGUAUUUAUUAGCCGUUGACGUUCACUAUAACUACACACUGUGUGCGACUAUCGUGUCUUGUUUGUCCAUUUAAAAAUUGUAAGAAUUAAAUAUUCCAAAUGUUUGGAAGACAAAUGUCAAAAAUACUUCAGAACCUCUGAACUGUGUAAUUUAAUUGUAAUUAAACAUUUAAUGCAAUAGUGUUCUGUCCAUUGAAUUAAAGCUUCACUUUAAUUACA